UUUUAUUUUGGCAUCCCAAAAAGAAAAUGCAAGCGCCAGUGUAGAACAUUUAACGGAACACGAUGUUGUCGGAGCCAUGCUGAUGUUAAAAACAAACGUAUUAAGGUGUACGGAAAGCGCGUUGUUUGACCGUACCUAUGCAAUGGUGUCAUUAAUAUCAUGAUGACACAUUUGUUCACUUUAUCUUAUCGAGAUGAUGGGAACUAAACUGUAACCCCCGGUCAGAAAAAUAUGAAAUAGGUUUUAUUUUGAUAUCUCAAACCGGAAAUACAAAUACCAACGAAGAAGAAUAGCGUAACUAACCAGGAAAUAACAAGUGAUCAACAUUUUUAAAACGUGCUCAUCUGUAUGUAAAGUGUUUUGUGUGACGUGCCUGUAUUGUAGUAUAUACAGCUUAGUUGAAUAUUUGUUGUUAUUGUGUUCCAAGUGAAAUACUUUCAUUUCAUUUUAUCCGAUGGGUGAGAACUGAACAGAUGGCAUUCAACUGAACUGGACGACUGUGAAGAUGACGCAAGCAUGUUUGUGCACAAGUGGCGUGAAACGUCAUUCGUUUUAUUUUUAUUUAUUUAUUUUUUUGAUAACUUAGCUCAUCUCUAGAACCACCCAUGGCAGUCCAAUUUGUCUACAGGAACCAGGACUUUAUACAGGAUGUACGCGUCAAUACUGAUAACGUAUCCCUGUCGGCAUGUAAAUCGAGGUUCGAUUCAGCCAUUCAAACUGGAUGGACGGACAGAAUGGAAAGGGGACUCUUUCGGUACCGUUUGGGAGACUUACAAACACGUGUCCUGCCUGGCACAUGCGGUUUUGUGGCCCAGUUAAAUGUCAAGAGAGGAAUGGAGAGAAGAAAGCCUCAGGAGAUCCUCAGUAUUCAGCAAGACUUCAACGCCAAACAGUUUAAUUUCAACAAGGUCAAUCCAGAUGAGAUCAUAUUUGAGAUGAUCAAGGAGUCCGAGGAUGGGCAUGAAAUUGGGAGUCUACCCUACAAGACAGUUGUCUUGGUCAAUGUCAGCCCUCUGGAGUUUGGACAUUGUCUUUUUGUUCCAGAUCCAGCACGCUGCUUCCCUCAAAUCCUCACAAGGCCUGCAAUUCAAGUUGGUAUCGAAUCGGUGCUGCUCAGCUCUGAUCCAGCCUUUCGCAUGGGCUUCAACAGUUUAGGAGCGUUUGCAUCUGUCAAUCAUCUACACCUCCAUGGAUAUUACCUGAAGCACAAGCUCAAUAUUGAAUACAUGUCCGUCCGGCCGCUUCUUCCUGAAAAAGGAUUUUACGCAUUAGCCGGAUUUCCUGCAGGGUUUCUCUUCUACACUGAAUCAGAGGGAGUGAAGGAUGUUGCCAGUGCCAUCUGUCAUGUCACUGACUACCUAAUGGAGGCCAAUGUUGCUCACAACCUCUUCAUGACCAGAGGAUGCCCACCCUGUGCAGAGGAUGACAAGUUAUUAAGAAAAGGCGUACGCAUCGCCGUGUGGCCCAGAGUAGCUUGUUUUGGUACCAAAGAGGAGUCCGCUCUCAACGUUGCUCUCUGCGAGCUUGCUGGCCAUCUACCCUUUAAGAACAAGAAGGACUAUGAGGUCAACACUGAGUCAGAUGUGAUAGAAACAAUUCAGCAUUAUCUUUUACCGCAUGAAGAUUUUCUUCAACUGGAAAAGCAGCUGACUCAACAUUUAAUGAUGCUGUAAAGUUUGGACAAAGAAUGUCAAGUGGUGUUCAGUGCUUAUGAUAUUAAUAAAUGACAAUGUGUAAUUUUUUUCAGGGCUGAUACCGAUUAUUGUAGUCAAGGAGGCUGAUACUGUAUUUGAAGCCGAUAUUUAUUUUCAGUAAAAGUGAUAAUAUUGCAAUCAAAUUUUACAAAAUAAAAUAAACUCC